GCGAGGGCGUGCGCCUGCGGGCUCUCGGGUCUCCUGUGCCCUGUUGUCCGUGGGCAGAGGGGCAGGUGGCCUGCUGGGCGCUGGGGACCCUGAACCUAGUCCCCAGCCCUCGGGAAGACGAUUAGCCACGGGGAUCAUCGGCCGGAUGAGGGAGGAAGGACAGAGCCAGGGACCCAGGACUCACUGCCCCUUAAGGAGUAGACACAGACAGGCACCAUGAAUACAUUCUGAGUCCCAGGACGGUGGGGAGUAAGCCAGUGGAUUGCAGGCAUGUUGUGGAAGCUGCUGAUGAGAUCCCAGCCUUGCAAGCUGUGUUCUUUGAGAAAGGUGCUGUCGGCUCCCAAACACAGACCUAUUUUACCAUGCUUCACCUACACAACCGAUAACCAGUCAAAAAAAGAAAACAAAACAACAGUGGAAAAACUCUAUAAAUUUUCAGUGGACAUCAGAAAAAUUCGCAGAUUAAAAGAAUGGGUACUUUUGGAGGAUGAAACCUAUGUGGAAGAAAUUGCAAGUAUUUUACAACAACUAGGUGCCGAUGAGACGGCUGUAGCCAGUAUUUUGGAACGCUGCCCAGAAGCAGUUGUCUGCACCCCAGCCGCUGUUCACACCCAAAGAGAACUCUGGCAGUCAGUCUGCAAAAGCGAGGAAGAGUUAGUCAAGUUAAUAGAACAGUUUCCAGACUCUUUCUUUACUGUUAAACACCAGGAGAACCAGAAGCUGAACAUUCAGUUCUUUCAAGAGUUGGGACUCAGAAAUGUGAUCAUCAGCAGAUUUUUGACAACUGCAUCUAGUAUUUUUCAUAAUCCUGUUGAGAAGAAUAAGGAAAUGAUAAGGAUUCUCCAAGAGAAUUAUCUAAAUUUAGGUGGCUCUGAAGCCAACAUGAAAGUUUGGCUACUAAAAUUAUUAAGCCAAAACCCAUUUAUUUUGUUAAAUUCUUCUGCAGCUAUAAAGGAAACACUAGAAUUUCUCCAGGAGCAGGGUUUCACAAACUUUGAAAUUCUCCAACUUCUGUCCAAACUCAAAGGGUUUCUUUUUCAACUUUGCCCAAGAAGUAUACAGAACAGUAUUUCCUUCUCUAAAAAUGCUUUUAAAUGCACAGAUCAUGACCUAAAGCAACUAGUUUUGAAAUGCCCUGCCCUUUUAUAUUAUUCUGUUCCCAUUUUGGAAGAGAGAAUCCAGGGAUUACUGAAAGAAGGAAUUUCCAUAGCUCAGAUAAGAGAGACGCCAACGGUUCUUGAAUUAACACCGCAGAUAGUACAGUACAGAAUAAGGAAACUGAAUUCCUUAGGCUACAGAAUAAAAGAUGGACAUCUAGCAAAUCUACAUGGAACGAAAAAAGAGUUUGAGGCUAACUUUGGUAAAAUUCAGGCCAAAAAAGGAAGGCCAUUAUUUAACCCUGUGGCACCAUUAAAUGUUGAAGAGUAAGGAAGUUGCUUCUUUCUGGCGGUGUAGAGUGAAACAGUGAUUCAGGCAGUUUACAGGUACCAGUCAUUUUAAGAACCUGCUUAGCUUCUGAAUUGUGUGUAAAUUACCUCUAAAUUAUUGGACUCGUUUGCUCUGUUUUAAAAUAUAAAUUGCCAUUUUUUAAAUAAAAUUGGAAUUUUGACCUUAAGCCUUUUUUUAAAAAAAACUCUCAUACUAUUAAAUGGCACACCAGUGUGCUAUGUCAUAAUUGAAAUCAUUUCUAAGAAACUGACAAGUACAGUCCCUUAAUUCAGUCUGGAUACUUUUUUUUUUCACAUAGCACAUUUCAUCUGGGAUGCAGAUCCAGACUUCUUCACCACCACCAGCUCUGUAGCAUCACUCUACUGAGGUCUGAGUUCUGUAACUUAGUUUUAAGUGAAACAUCUGCAGACUUCUAAUACAUUUUUCAGAGAAAGCUGAUUUUAUUUCCCGGUUGGAAUAAGUGAAUAUCUUUGAGAACCAAGUAUUACUAAUCCAAAAAGAACCAUUAGAGCUUACUUAUAUUUAAAAUUGACCAUUUUAUAUCUCAUGAAACACUUUUAUGUGUAUUCAUUACUUUCCCUAAUUUUCAGAUGAAGAAACAAGCUUAGAAAGUCCACUUAGCUGCCAAGUGACAGAGCCCAGAUUGACCAUGGUCUGACUUCUUUUCAAACCUUGUGAGUAGAAAAAGGAUUGCUUAUGAGUUGGCAUAAGAAAACUCACCUCUACCUGACCUUCCAAAAGAGUGAGUACCAGCAAAUUUAGGGAUUUUAAUUAAAACUUCUCUAAAAUUCCUUAAAUUUGAAAUGAUUUAUUUUAUAUGCAUUUGAAGUAAAUGAGGCAGUUUAAAACUUCCUGAAAAUCUGUUUGCCUAUAGAAGAGAUAAUGUGUGAGGAUCAUUAUUGAUUUUAGUAGCAUUUCACAUUUCUAUUUCUAAAUCUUGUUCCAAGAUAAACAUUAUCCAGAUAAAGACUGGCUUGCUUUCAGCUGUGGAGUUUGAACUUUGUAACAAAUACACAACCAGUUGCCUGACACUCAAAUAUCUGUGCACUAUGCGUACAUGGCCAUAAGGAAAAAAUGAUGAAAAAUGCAGGCCAUGUCUUCAAUUCAGCAAAGCCAAGUAACCCUCCCUAUCCAUAUCUAUUCAGUUCCUUAGGAGAGUGAAAGAAAUCUCUCUGCAGCACCUACUAAGCACCAGCUGAGCACAUUGUGCUUUGCAACCGUAAGAAUUUGGUACUGUUGUUUACUGUUUGACUGAUGAGGGGACUUGAGCACAGUGAGGGUAAUUCACUUACCCAGUCACGUGGGAAUGUCUUUUCAAGGAAAAGAAUGGCAGCCAGUAUGGUCGGGGCAAGACUGAGUGUCACGGAGAGUGGUACAAAAUGAAAGAUGACCAUCACAGGUCCAUCUGAGGAGCAGGGUCUCAUCCUAAGUGUGAUGGAAAACCCGUGCAGAAAUGUUAGUUUGUGCUUGUUCUGAAAUCAUCAGCGGUGCUCGCACGCUCAAGUGUCUCUCAGCUUGGAAUAGAUUAUAUGGUCACCUUUUAGAUGUCAAAUAGACAAAUGGUGAAGUUGGAGUUGUAAGAAGUCAGGAGUAGAGGUCAUCUGCAUAUCUGCUUAUCUGUGGUUAUUUAAAACUAUGACUCUAGAUGAGCUGGCACAGAAACAAAGUCUAGAUUUGUAACAGUGACUGGCCAAACCUGGAAAGGGUUGACCAGAGGCAGAAAAAGAGGACAGGAAAAGAGGACAUGCCACGGAGGGGUCAACCAAAACAAGUGACCAAUGGAUUCGGCAAAAAGGAAAUCGUUAGUUGGCCCUAUCAAGAGUGAUUCGGGUGGAAUGAGAAAGGUAAGAAGGCAGCCGGAGUGGGUUGAGAGAACACAAGAUGAGGAAGGGGCAGAACCUUAAAGUUUUUCAAGAAACUUUGCUGCGAAGGGAAGCAGAAAAAUAGACUGUGAGAUUAGUUUUCUUUAAGGAGAGCAAAUACUAGAACAUGUUUAUAUGCUGAUGGAUAUGACCCAGAAGAGAGAGAGAGACGGAUGAGAGAUGGAAAACUGCAGUAUCAGCAUCCUUGAGGAACUGAAGGUGGGCUGACUUUGGUAAGAGCGGAGGUACUAGUCCUGGUCCUUGGAGAGAGGGAACAGAGGCAGGCAGACUGAGAGGAUGGCUGGUUGAGAGGCAGGAGAGUCACUGGUUAGAGGAGGACAGUAUGGGAGGAGGGGAGAACAAUAGGAGGGCUGGAAAGAGGAGAUAGGAAAUAGUUUCGAGUAAUAGGAAAGUGAACAUACAAGAGGGAGGGUGUGUGUGUGUGUGUGUGUGUAAAAGAAAGUUCAGCAGAGUUGAAUGACCAUGUGUGCUUUGUGGCCAUUAAUUUAAAAAAGAGCCUCAUCAGUACAGCAGCGAAAUUUAGGUGUGCAGGCAGAAAACCUAGAGGCAGUUACGGUUUUAGAAACACUUGUAACUUACUCUAACUUGAAAAGAUUUUUAAAAACCCACAUUCAUGGUCAAACAUGCAGUAUAUUGACUUUAUUUUCCCUUAGAUCAAAUCCUAUUCCAUGUUUUCUUUGGUAAGCCUUUGAACUUCUCUGCGUUUUUCUAUUUUUUGCAUUCUUAUUCACGUCUAUGAAUAAAAUUUAAAAUAUUCAAAAUUGA